AUGACCGGUCUUCGCGGGGAGAGGAGUGAAGACAUCGCCCACCGCGAAGCUUGUGUGCGACUCACGGCCUGGACAGAUCUCCAGCCCGUCUUCUCCAUCACGCUGGAACAAAAGCGUAAGACAUCCAAUGUCUAUGUGGCUCACGCUGGUGUUAAUGUGAAUGGAACUCGGACGUCAAAUGCCCUUAACCUUCUCGCGGAGCAGAGGGUCGAAGUGGACCUUGAGUCUCCCAGAGCUCGAAGGUUACUUCGCAAGAUCGAUAUGCGGACCAUGCCCCUAGUGCUCGGUCUUUAUACCCUUCAAUUACUCGACAAAAAUAGCUUGUCAUUUGCGGCUAUAAUGGGGAUUAGGACGGAUACAAAUCUCAGUGGGAGCCAGUAUGACUGGCUAGGUUCUAUCGUCUACUUCGGAUAUUUAUUUGGGGAGAUCCCAGCGGCAUUCCUAAUGCAGCGUGUCCCACUAGCCAAAUACCUGGGCAUUAUGAGUAUGCUUUGGGGAACGGUUGUCGCUUUGCACGCUGUCUGCCAUAACUUUGGGGGGCUGGCGGCCGUUCGAUUUCUCUUAGGAUCGAUCGAAGUAUGCACAACACCUGCUAUUAUCUAUGUCACUAGCUCCUGGUACACUCGCAGCGAGCAAGUUACCCGAGUUGCAGUCUGGUAUUCAACUUCUGGCUGGGCUCAGGUAUUUGGGGGCUUCUUUUCCUGGGCUAUCAACCAGGCAAGCCAAUUCAAAUGGCAAGGGCUGUUCAUAUUCUAUGGGGCUCUUACAUUUACCACGGGUGUGAUACUCUUCUUCUUCCUUGCCGCGUCACCAAUUGAUGCCAGCUGGCUCUCCGACGAGGAAAGAAUAAUUGCCCUUGAGCGAGUCCGGGAUAACAAGACGGGCGUCGAAAUGUGGAAUUUUAACUGGUCCCAGCUAAAGGAAGCAUUGUGUGACCCUCGUCUGUAUAUAGUCUUCCUCUUAAUGGUUGCGACGGGACUACCUAAUGGUGGAUUAACAGCAUUUGGGCCAUCUAUUAUAUCUGGAUUUGGGUUUGACACUAACACCACCACGCUCCUCAGUAUGGUUCCAGGCGCAUGUGCAGCCAUCGGUACGAUGGUGACACUUGUAGUGAUAAAGUACACCAACCGAACUGUCGGCGGUAUAUUUACAAUACUGCUAGGUUGCAUUGGCAUCAUAAUGAUGUUAGCUAUACCAGAAAGCUACUAUACAGCUCGAUAUGGAGGGUAUAUCCUCACAAUGCAAUAUCCAAACUCCAUAUUAGUUGUCCUCGCGUUUAUCACCUCUGGUGUCGGUGGUAGCACAAAAAAAGUUGCUUUUGGUGCGUCCUUCCAGCUUGGGUAUGCUGUUGGCAACAUUUGCGGCCCGCAAACAUUUCAGGAACAUGAAGCACCCCAUUAUUAUACGGCUAAGUUCACUAUGCUAGCCUUCUUGAUAUUCACGGCUAUCCUGUUGGCUUCAGUUGGGGUCCUUCAUUGGCACUGGAAUCGUCAACUGGACAAUCAAGACGCUCUUGAUAUUCAAAAUGGUGUCAUUCACGAACAUGGUGUGAAUGAGGAAUUUGCGGAUCUGACGGAUUUUCAACAGCGCUCAUUUAGGUACCCUCUAUAG